CGCCCCACCCCCGGCUCCGCCUCCACCCCCCGCCCCGCCUCCGGCCGCAGCCCCUUCCUCCCGCAGCUGGUGCUGUGAGGCCGCGGAGCAGCGCGUCGCCGUCUCUAUGGCCGGGGAUCCAAGCGCAAAGAAAACGGACCUCAGAGAACCAGAACUAGUCCUGCUGUCGGGGCAGGGUGACCCCAUCAGUGACCUACAACCCCCUUAUGACCCCACAACUCCUUCCCACCAUGGAGUUUGUAUUUGAUGCAGAAAAGCAGUGUGUGAUCCAUCCCUCCCUCUGACCUCUAACCUGGGAUUCCAUGGCCACACAACCCUGUGAUUCCAUGUCCCCUCGAUUCCAGGACCCUCCCUGGCCCCAUGACCCCUGACCUUCCAAGUGACCUCCCUGGACCUUGACCCCUGUGACUAUUCUUGCCAUCAUACCCUGUGACUGUGGCCCUGGCUCCCCUUGGGGGUCUUACUGGUCUGGGCCUCCCCAGAAAAAUGUGGGGAAGGCUCUGGCCCCUCUUCCUGAGCUUCCUCACAGCAUCUGCAGUCCCUGGACCCUCACUGCGGAGACCAUCCAGAGAACUAGAUGCCAUCCCACGGAUGACCAUCCCCUAUGAAGAGCUCUCCAGGACCCGGCACUUCAAGGGCCGAGCCCAGAACUACUCAACGCUGCUGCUGGAGGAGUCUUCAGCAAGACUGCUGGUUGGAGCCCGAGGUGCCCUCUUCUCUCUCAAUGCCCGUGACAUAGGAGAUGGGGCUCACAAAGAGAUCCACUGGGAGGCCUCCCCAGAGAUGCAAAGCAAAUGCCAUCAAAAAGGGAAAAACAACCAGACGGAGUGCUUCAACCAUGUGCGAUUCCUUCAGCGACUCAAUGCCACCCACUUCUAUGCAUGCGGGACUCACGCCUUCCAGCCUCUCUGUGCAGCCAUUGAUGCUGAGGCCUUCACCUUGCCAACAAGCUUUGAGGAGGGGAAGGAGAAGUGUCCUUAUGACCCAGCCCGUGGCUUCACAGGCCUCAUCAUCGAUGGAGGCCUCUACACAGCCACACGGUAUGAAUUCCGGAGCAUCCCUGACAUCCGCCGAAGCCGCCACCCGCACUCCUUGAGGACUGAGGAGGCUCCGAUGCACUGGCUCAAUGAUGCUGAGUUUGUGUUCUCCGUCCUGGUACGGGAGAGCGAGGCCAGUACAGUGGGAGAUGACGACAAGGUUUACUACUUCUUCACGGAGCGGGCCACUGACGAGGGCCCCAGCAGCUUCACCCAGAGCCGCAACAGCCACCGUGUGGCCCGUGUGGCCCGUGUGUGCAAGGGAGACCUAGGAGGAAAGAAGAUCUUGCAGAAGAAGUGGACCUCCUUCUUAAAGGCGCGUCUAGUCUGCCACAUUCCACAGUAUGAGAUGCUACGUGGUGUCUGCAGCCUGGACACGGACACCUCAGCACGCACACACUUCUAUGCGGCCUUCACGCUGACCACACAGUGGAAGACCCUAGAGGCCUCAGCCAUCUGCCGCUACGACCUGGCCGAGGUGCAGGCUGUCUUCGCAGGUCCCUACAUGGAAUACCAGGACGGUGCCCGGCGCUGGGGCCGCUAUGAGGGUGGGGUGCCGGAGCCCCGGCCCGGCUCAUGCAUCACAGAUUCAUUGCGCACUCGCGGCUACAACUCAUCCCAGGAUUUGCCAUCCCUCGUCUUGGACUUCGUGAAGUUGCACCCACUGAUGGCUCGGCCCGUGGUGCCCACACGAGGACGGCCCCUGCUGCUCAAGCGCAGUGUGCGCUAUACACACCUCACGGGGACGCCUGUCACCACGCCUGCCGGACCCACCUAUGACCUGCUCUUUCUGGGCACAGCUGAUGGCUGGAUCCACAAGGCCGUGGUGCUGGGUUCUGGGAUGCACAUUAUCGAAGAGACACAAGUGUUCAAGGAGCCCCAGUCUGUGGAAAAUCUGGUCAUCUCUCCAAUGCAGCACAGCCUUUACGUGGGGGCCCCUAGUGGUGUCAUCCAGCUACCACUGUCGAGCUGCUCCCGCUACCGCUCCUGCUAUGACUGCAUCCUGGCCCGGGACCCCUACUGUGGCUGGGACCCCAGCACCCAUGCCUGCAUCAUAACCAACAGGUCCCAGGGUAGCAGGACAGCACUGAUACAGGACAUAGAGAGAGGAAACCGAGGCUGUGAAGGCAACAAGGACACAGGGCCACCACCACCACUGAGAACCCGCUCUGUCCUCCGAGGUGACGAUGUUCUCCUGCCCUGUGACCAGCCAUCCAACCUGGCCCGGGCCUUGUGGCUGCUCAAUGGGAGCAUGGGCCUGAAUGACGGACAGCAUGGCUACCGCGUGGGCGUGGAUGGGCUGCUGGUGACAAACAUACAGCCUGAGCACAGUGGCAACUAUGGCUGCUAUGCUGAGGAGAAUGGCCUCCGCACCCUGCUGGCCUCCUACAGCCUCACAGUCCGGCCAGCCACUCCUGCCCCAGCUCCACAAGCCCCUGCCAUGCCCGGGGCACAGCUGGCACCUGACGUGAGGCUACUGUAUGUGCUAGCCAUCGCUGCGCUUGGCGGCCUCUGCCUCAUCCUGGCUUCCUCCCUCCUCUAUGUGGCCUGUCUUCAGGGAGGCAGACGAGGGCGUCGAAGGAAAUACUCUCUGGGUCGGGCUGGCCGGGCAGGGGGCUCUGCUGUGCAGCUGCAGACAGUUUCAGGCCAAUGUCCUGGAGAGGAAGACGAGGGUGAUGAUGGGGAGGGGGCUGGGGGCCUGGAAGGUGGCUGCCUCCAGAUCAUCCCUGGGGAGGGAGCCCCAGCCCCACCGCCUCCGCCACCCCCACCACCACCGGCCGAGCUGACCAACGGGCUGGUGGCACUACCCAGCCGGCUGCGCAGGAUGAACGGCAACAGCUACGUGCUCCUGAGGCAGAGCAACAACGGAGUGCCAGCAGGGCCCUGCUCAUUUGCUGAGGAGCUCAGCCGCAUCCUGGAGAAGAGGAAACACACACAGCUUGUAGAGCACCUGGACGAGAGCUCUGUCUGAGCCCAGCCUCCUAGGACAAAUGCUC